AUGCAGAACAUCCACCCGGCCACUCAGGCAUUGCAUGCCGACGAUCACCUGCACCUGGUCACCGACGUCGCGCCCCCGAUCCAUCUAUCCACAACCUUCCGAUACCCCAAUGAGCCCGAGAAUCUAGUUCCAUCCGAGGACUCGGCCGAAUUCAACGGAAAGAACUAUGUCUACUCGCGAGAGUUCGCCCCCAACGCAACUCGCUUCGAGGCAGUCCUCUCAUCUCUCCUGCACGGCCAAGCAGUGAGCUACGCAACAGGCCUAGCCGCCCUACACGCAGCACUAACCCUGCUGAACCCGCGCCGGGUAUCCGUGGGCGAGGGCUAUCACGGCAGCCACGAAGUAAUCGCCGUGAUCUCGCGGCUAUCGGGACUCCAGAAAUUGCCUCUCGACUGCGCAUGCGAGAGUCUAGACGCCGGCGACGUGAUCCUCCUCGAAACGCCCGUCAACCCGCUCGGCACGGCCUUCAGCAUCGAGGCGUACGCGCGCAAAGCGCACGCCCGAGGUGCUUACCUCAUUGUCGAUAGCACGUUCGCGCCGCCGGGCCUACAGGACCCGUUUGAGUGGGGUGCAGACCUGGUGAUGCAUUCGGGCUCCAAGUAUUUCGGCGGCCAUAGCGAUCUGCUGUGUGGGGUGCUGGCGACGCGGCGCGGGGACUGGACGAAGCAGUUGCUGGAGGAUCGCGUGGCGCUGGGGAAUGUCAUGGGGAGUAUGGAGAGCUGGCUGGGCACGCGCAGUCUGCGCACGCUCGAAGUGCGUGUGCAGCGGGCGAGUCAGAGCUCCGGGCGGCUGGUCGACUGGCUUCAUUGUGCGCUGAAGACUCCGUCGCCUGUGCCGGGCAUGGAUGAGCAUGUGAUGCAGACGGUUUUGCAGACCAUCUACCAUGCUAGUCUGCAGGAGGAGCCGUGGUUGCGGAGGCAGAUGCCCAAUGGCUUUGGGCCGGUGUUUGCUGUUGUGUUGCACUCCGAGGACUUUGCGCGCGCGCUGCCGAGUAAGCUCAGUUUCUUUCAGCAUGCUACCAGUCUCGGGGGUGUCGAGUCGCUGAUCGAGUGGCGUGCACUGUCGGACCCCCGGGUGGAUCGGAAGCUGUUGAGAAUCAGCGUGGGGCUGGAGAACUGGGAGGACCUGAAGAAUGACCUGCUUCAGGCAUUCAGGUCUCUUGCGGACGCAUAA